UGCACAAGGAGCCUGCACUGCCUGCCCUGCACACCUCUUCCCGGAGCCCACUACCAGGCUAUGGAUACACACCGGAGGGCGAUCCCCGCAGCCCUGCUGCUCUGCUUCUUCCUCUGGGAUAUACCCUGUUUUCAGCAGGCAUCGAUACCUUCCAGCCAACAGCUGCCCCGGGCAAUACGGAGACAACGCAGGGAGGGCAAGCUGCCCUCGGCUGACAGUCAGGAACAGCCUCGGCUGGUGCCCGUGGUCCCCCACGAAUACAUGCUGUCCAUUUACAGAACUUUCUCCACAGCAGAGAAACUGGGGAUCAAUGCCAGCUUCUUCCAGUCGUCCAAGUCUGCCAACACCAUCACCAGCUUCGUGGACAGGCAGCAGGACGAUCACUCCCACUCCCCUUUUAAAAGACAGAAAUAUUUGUUUGAUGUAACAACCUUGUCAGACAAAGAAGAACUGGUAGGAGCUGAAUUAAGAAUAUUUCGGAAAACUCCUACGGAAGCUGCCAAAGCACCUUUAGGUUUAUAUCAUCUGCAGAUAUCAUCUUGCACAUCUCAAGCACCACUGGAUUCUAGAACCGUACAUUUUAAAGAUAACCUCACACCAGGCUGGGAAGUGUUUGAUGUAUGGAAAAGUGUACAAAGCUUCAAUAAACCUAAAAAACAACUCUGUUUGGAGUUGAGAGCUACAUCAGCCACAUCUGGCAUGGAGGUCAAUUUAAAAGGCCUAGGGUUGGCUAGGAAACCGAAAUCCCACCAAGAGAAGGCCCUUCUAGUGGUCUUCACCAGGUCCAAACGAAAAAAUCUAUACAAUGAGUUGAAGGAACAGGUUCAUUUGUCAAAGGGUUUGGAAAAGGAGACAAAGUUUACAUUUAAAACUAGGAGAAGGAGGCGAACAACAUUUAACAGUCGGCAUGGCAAAAGACAUGGAAGGAAAUCCCGGUUGAGGUGCAGCAAAAAACCUCUUCACGUGAAUUUUAAAGAAUUAGGGUGGGAUGAUUGGAUUAUUGCCCCUUUGGAAUAUGAAGCAUAUCACUGUGAAGGGGUGUGUGAUUUUCCACUGAGAUCCCAUCUAGAGCCCACCAAUCAUGCCAUUAUUCAGACCUUAAUGAACUCUAUGGACCCUGGGUCCACUCCUCCAAGCUGUUGUGUGCCUACAAAAUUGACUCCUAUCAGUAUUCUCUACAUUGAUGCCGGGAAUAAUGUAGUCUAUAAGCAGUAUGAGGACAUGGUUGUGGAGUCCUGUGGGUGUAGGUAGCAGCUGGUUUAGUUGGUCUUCAUGUCUGCAUGGACAUAAUGGAGAAACAAGGGAACUCAUGAACAAGUGUGAGCUGGUCCAGUAUGGAGUUGUGUAAACUUCACCAAGAAGUGGGUUGUGGUGUCUCACAUGUUUGUUGCACCCUUAAUUCCAACAGGAUGUCUUUUUCAAUCACUGCGGAAAUAGGCACUGUUCAGAGGUUUAAUUGUGUGGACUGUGGUGUAAUCGCAGGCAAUUUACAAGCAAAGUUACACAAUCCCUGCCCUUGUCUGAAGAAAUUCUAAACCCAAGGGAUUGAUGAGCAUUGAACUCAAUCUGUUCACUUUAAAUGUAGGUCAUUUUUAGUUCUCCCCUCAAAGGAAUCUGGCAUUUUAUGGUAUCUGCUAAAACAACAAAACAGAUACAAAAUUCUAUGUGUGAAAGAGGAG